AUGUCGUAUAAAGAAAGAUGCAUAUCAGCCCUUGAAGAGCGUGCUAAACCAAGCAAAAAUGAUAUACGAUACGCACGAUAUGUUAACUCGGUAAAUUGUUUCCUCAGUAAGUUUGGAAGAGAAAGGGUGCACCUUGUUGGUAGCACAGGCGAGCUCUCCAAACUUGCGUACCCCAAAGAUGAUGGUGAUGCAGAUUUCUUACUCGUAUCUGGGAAACUGGAGAUUCCUGUUGAAAACCUAGUUCAAAAUGAAUACGCACCGUGUUACGUGUGGAUAACAGCAGAUUCGUUGCAUAACCAUGGAUGUGAGAUUAUUCAAGGUAAAUACCUUUCAACUAAAGAUUUACGCAGUGUAGGACCAGAGCUGUUUACUAUACUUAGGGCGGUUUAUUUACCUGUUACUGCUCAAAUGGAUAAACUGCCCGAAGCUGGAGAAAACUUAACAAUGCUGACAGUAUCUUCAAAAGUUGGAUUACAAAUAACGAAAUAUAGAGAAUUUAAGUUGGACGAAGGUGUAGAAGAUAUCAGACAAAAAUUACCUAACACAGGCGCGGAAAGAAGUAAAAGUGUUUGGUCUAAGGGUUUGAAGAAUGUAGAAAUUCAUGACCAUGAAAAGAAAAUUUAUAGAAGACUAUAUGAAAUAGGGAAACUGGCUGAAAGGAAAAAAGAUAAUGGAGGGAUAACCUUUUUUGCUCAGAUAAUCGGAGAGAUUCUUAAGCAAGAUAAAAUCUUUUAUCAACGACCGCACAAUGAUAGCAGUCAUUGUUCAAACAGCAACGAUGAAGACGAGAAUGUCCUAUAUGAAUUGAAAAAAUUCAAAAAUAAUUUGGAAUGUGUCGACACAGCGGCAUUUAGAGCAACUUUUACGGAGACAAGUCAUAAAGACUUUGUGCCUGUUCUAAAGAUAAAAGGGACGCUUAGAUGUAUGGAGAAAUGGAAAACUCGGGUAGAAAAAUUAAAUUGGCCCCCGGAGAGGGUUGACAGAAUUUUCAAUGCAAACGUUUUCGUCGCAGCAAGAAUGUCACCGGUAAAUCCAAAUCCAGAAAAGGAUUUUUGUUUGUCAUUUAAUUUGCCAGAGAAAGAGAUGAUGUUGUCAAUUUCUCCAGUGCAGAAGAAAGUAUUUUUGAUCAUGAAAGCUUUCUUAAAGGGUAUAAUUGAAAAGCGUCAUGCUGAAAUUAGAAAAGAGCUGACAUUGAAAACUUAUCACAUAAAACAUUUGAUGUUUUGGGUGUAUGAAGAAAAAGUGGAAGAAAUGGAAUCAGUUUCUUAUCUUCUGAAAAAAGCUUUGGAUUCUCUUACAGAUGCACUUCGGAGUAAGAAACUAAGUCAUUACUUUGUAGAAAGUAACAAUAUGUUUGUUGACUUUGAAGACACUGAUUACGAAAUCUUACUGACAUGCGUUGAUGAAGUUAAAUCAAGUCCUAUGAAAAGUUUAGAAUUUUAUAUAGGUUUGAAUGAAAGGAGUGCACAAGAAGUCUUGCUGACAGAAGACGAGAUUUCUUGCAUUUUAGAAAUGUCUGCUGACGGAGGGAGAAAUGAAUAUCUCCAAAGGACGAAAGAAGCCAUGAUAGACUUUCAGAGAGGUGUCAAUGAAAAUAGAAAUGCAAAUGGAUGUUCUCCGCUGAUAGAAGCCAUAGUGGACACAGUUAAACUUUGUCUACAAGAUGAAGGGAGUGAUAACCUUCAAAUUAUUAAAUUAGUGCAUGCUGUUCUGACAAACGGUCAGACAGAUAUAGCACAAAUAGAUAAGAACAUGGCAGACAAAAAUAUAGAGGAUGUCGUGAUGCUCAUUGUUGGACUUAGUAUUAUGGAUCAUAAAUUGCGGAGCUAUGUGAAUCAUUUCGGUGGAAAGGACGGGAUAAGGCAUAUUUUACGGGGUGCUUUUUGUGGUAAAGGUUUAGACCUUGAUAUUGAUCUUAGGGAACAAAUUGUUGACUCGCUUCGUCGAUAUCUUUCGUGUUCAGAUAUUGAAGAAGAUUCAUUGUUUUCAGAGUUGAAAUAUAAAAUGUUUGGCUAUGUUACUUUUAGAAAAGAGUUUUCCGACACGAAAGGAUUAAGAGAUGUAUAAACUUUUGAUAUAUAAAAAUACUUUUAUUCUACAACGUAUCAAGGUCUUGGACGUUGUCAGAAAAUGUUCUCUUUGGUUAUAAAUAUUUCAAUUUGUAAUAUACAUGUCCAUAAUUUAUCAGACACAUUAGGGGUUCACCAGUUAUUUCGACUUCUUUUUGUUUGUUUGUUUAAUAUAUUGCUUUUCAAAGGAAACCGUUUUUCAGAUUUUCCUUCUUCUCUAGGACUACAUUUAUCCUUUGUGAACUUUUUAUUUCAAUAUUUCGACAAUAUCUUUAUUAUUUACCAAUAAAAGAAUUAUAUAAUUCUCUCAAAUAACUUUUCAAAUUUUUCAUUGUUCAAAUUUCAUUUUUAAACUUUCAGUUAGUUUUUUUCAAUUUAAGUAAUCAGUUGCAUUAAAAGAACAAAAAAUAUAUAUAAUAUAAAACUUUGACUUUCUGGGAAAGGCUUUUUCGGAUGUCGUCCAGAUACAUUUGCACUAUACAUGUAAUUCUCAUUUUUUGAAAAUUUAUUUUUGGUUUAUUCAUGUAACCUUAUUUAUGUGUGUACAUAUUUUUCUACAUUUAAUGCAUGUAUCAAAUCCGACCGGCACAAAAAUUGUAUCACACCUGAGUGUACACAUUGCACUACCAUGUAACACUAUGAUAUCACACCAUUAUAUUACACUAUCAUACAACACUACCUAAUAUAUUAAAAAUAUCUGGAAAACAGUGAUCUGUCGGAAGCAUUAAAAACAGCAAAAUUGACUCGGGUUGAUCGAGUCUGUACAUGAGGGAUAAUGAAAAAGUGCAACAUCCCUCACGCCCCUAGCAAUCGCUUGAGCGAUACUCAAUUCUCAAGACUUAAUAGUGCUGGACAAAAUGAUCCCGAAAGAUCAGAAAAAUAUAACAACACUGAAUUAUAAUACACAUCAUAUACUCAUGUCAAACCAUCUUAUAAAUAUAUCAUAUAAAACUACCAUAAUUAUAACAAGCUCAUAUAAACUACCAUACAAAGCUAUUUUGUCACACCAUCAUAUAGAGAAUAACACGCCACUGUCUUUUGAUAUCAAUUUUAUCAGGCUGAUAAAGGCUGAAAGGGACGAUCUUUUUGGGUAUCCCUAAAUAAUCUAUAAACAAUAGAAAUAUUGACCUUUUAUUUGAAAAUUAACUGGCUCUGAUGAUAUUCGGAAAAACACACAACAACAUUUAGAUGAGGACUGACAUAACAAUGAAUUAUGUUACUUAUCAACUCUUUACAACACCUUAAUAAAAUGUGGUGAAAAAAAGGAUUACUUUUUUAAUUUUCAUAUCAUUUAUCUUCAUAUUUGUUUUUAUUUUAUAUAUCUAUUGAUUUGUUGUUCAUUAUUGCAUAAAAAUUACAUACAGAAACUUAUUAAGAGGACUUUAAUAUUGUUUACGUUGUAUUAAUUUAUAACUUAUGUUAACGGGAGACAAUCAAUAUAACAUAGAAACCAUUCAGAUGUUUGCUCCCUUUCGAAAUACAAAAAGGCAAUAACGAUGUAUUUCACUUUGCGCAAAUAAAGACACUUUGAACUUUU